CUUAUUUUGGACGUACGGACAACAGCUCACACACAGGAACGUUCGCAACUUCCAGAAUACGCUACAAUGGAUCGUUUGUUGCGACUCGGUGGCGGCAUGCCCGGAAUGAGCCAAGCACCUCCACCGUCGGAUGCACCGGUAGUGGACACAGCGGAACAAGUGUACAUUUCCUCGCUAGCUCUGUUGAAGAUGCUGAAGCACGGCCGUGCAGGAGUUCCCAUGGAAGUCAUGGGGCUAAUGUUAGGCGAGUUUGUCGAUGACUACACCGUGCAAGUGAUUGAUGUUUUUGCUAUGCCACAGACCGGAACGGGAGUAUCAGUCGAAGCGGUCGAUCCCGUGUUCCAGGCGAAAAUGUUGGACAUGUUGAAGCAAACCGGUCGACCGGAAAUGGUGGUAGGAUGGUACCAUUCCCAUCCCGGGUUCGGUUGCUGGUUGUCGGGUGUCGAUAUUAACACGCAGCAAUCGUUCGAAGCACUUUCCGAACGUGCGGUGGCCGUCGUUGUAGAUCCUAUUCAAUCGGUAAAGGGAAAGGUCGUGAUCGACGCGUUCCGGCUGAUCAAUCACAAUACGCUGGUGCUGUGCCAGGAAUCGCGUCAAACGACGUCCAAUUUGGGCCAUUUGCAGAAACCAUCGGUGCAGGCACUGAUCCACGGAUUGAAUCGUAACUAUUACUCCAUCAGUAUCAAUUAUCGGAAGAACGAGCUGGAACAAAAGAUGCUCCUGAAUCUGCAUAAAAAAUCGUGGAUGGAUGGGCUCACAUUGGCCAACUAUGAAGAACACUGCAGCAUCAACGAAAGUACCAUUAGCGAGAUGCUGGAACUGGCGAAGAACUACAAUAAGGCUUUGGAAGACGAGGAAAAGAUGACGCCCGAACAGUUGGCCAUCAAGAACGUGGGCAAGCAGGACCCGAAGCGACAUCUGGAAGAGAAGGUCGAUACGCUCAUGUCGAACAACAUCGUACAGUGUCUAGGCGCUAUGUUGGAUACGAUUGUGUUUAAAUAAUGUUUUCUUUUCUGUCCACGUAUUGGAGCUCUCUCUGGUUAAGGCAGCAGCUUCACUCAUUCAAUUUAAGUUCCAGCCCUCACUGACAUAUUUGUGUAAUUAAACAGAGAACACAUUAUUUCGGAAAAA